UUCCAGGAGGUGAACGCGAUCGGAUGACAGCGAAUCAUGAGAGCUACCUCCUCAUGGCGAGCACCCAGAAUGACAUGGAAGACUGGGUGAAGUCCAUCCGCCGAGUCAUAUGGGGACCGUUUGGAGGAGGUAUCUUUGGACAGAAACUGGAAGACACCGUCCGAUACGAGAAAAGGUAUGGGAACCGGCUGGCGCCCAUGCUGGUGGAGCAGUGUGUGGACUUCAUCAGACAGCGGGGGCUGAAGGAAGAGGGCCUCUUCCGGCUGCCUGGCCAGGCCAACCUUGUCAAGGAGCUUCAGGAUGCAUUCGAUUGUGGAGAGAAGCCCUCCUUUGACAGCAACACAGACGUCCACACCGUGGCAUCCCUGCUGAAACUAUAUCUCCGAGAACUCCCAGAGCCGGUCAUUCCUUAUGCAAAGUAUGAAGAUUUUUUGUCCUGUGCCACGCUGCUCAGCAAGGAGGAGGAAGCAGGUGUGAAGGAAUUAACAAAGCAAGUGAAGAGUUUGCCCGUGGUUAACUACAACCUCCUGAAGUAUAUCUGCAGGUUCCUGGAUGAAGUGCAGUCCUAUGCAGGAGUUAACAAGAUGAGCGCACAGAACUUGGCAACUGUCUUUGGUCCUAACAUCCUGCGCCCAAAGGUGGAAGACCCUUUGACCAUAAUGGAGGGCACUGUGGUGGUCCAGCAGUUAAUGUCAGUGAUGAUUAGUAAACAUGACCGUCUCUUCCCCACGGACUCAGAGCUACAAAGCAAGCCCCAAGAUGGACUGAGCAGCAACAACAAUGAUGCUCAUAAGAAAGCUACCAUGGGUCAGUUACAGAACAAGGAAAACAAUAACACCAAGGAGAGCCCCGGCAGACGGUGCUCAUGGGACAAGCCUGAAUCACCCCAGAGAAGCAGUAUGGACAAUGGAUCCCCCACAGCUCUAUCAGGCAGCAAAACCAACAGCCCAAGGAACAGUAUUCACAAGCUGGAUGUCUCCAGGAGCCCCCCUCUCAUGGUCAAAAAGAACCCUGCCUUCAAUAAGGGUAGCGGGAUAGUCACCAACGGGUCUUUCAGCAGCAGCAAUGCAGAAGGUGUCGAGAAAACUCAGACCACCCCUAAUGGGAGUUUACAGGCCAGAAGGACCUCUUCCCUGAAGAGCUCUGGUACCAAAAUGGGCACUCACAGUGUGCAGAACGGAACCGUCCGCAUGGGUAUUUUGAACACUGACACACUAGGGAACCCCUUGAAUGGCCGAAGCAUGAGUUGGCUGCCCAAUGGCUAUGUGACCCUGCGAGACAACAAACAGAAGGAACAGACUACAGAGUCAGGCCAGCACAACAGGCUCUCCACCUAUGACAAUGUCCAUCAGCAGUUCUCCUUGAUGAACCUCGAUGACAAACACAGCGUGGACAGUGCCACAUGGUCCACCUCCUCCUGUGAGAUCUCCCUCCCCGAGAACUCCAAUUCCUGUCGCUCCUCUACCACCACCUGCCCAGAGCAAGACUUUUAUGGUGGGAACUUUGAGGACCCUGUUUUAGAUGGCCCCCCACAGGAUGACCUUUCUCAUCCUGGGGACUAUGAAAGCAAAAGUGACCGCAGGAGUGUGGGUGGCCGAAGUAGCCGUGCCACCAGCAGCAGUGACAACAGUGAGACAUUUGUCGGCAACAACACCAGCAACCACAGUGCACUUCACAGUUUAGUUUCCAGCCUGAAACAGGAAAUGACCAAGCAGAAGAUCGAAUAUGAGUCCAGGAUAAAAAGCUUAGAACAGCGGAAUCUGACUUUGGAAACAGAAAUGCUGAGUCUCCACGACGAACUGGAUCAAGAAAGGAAGAAGUUCACCAUGAUAGAAAUCAAGAUGAGAAAUGCUGAGCGAGCCAAAGAGGAUGCCGAGAAACGGAAUGACAUGCUCCAGAAGGAGAUGGAGCAAUUUUUCUCCACAUUUGGAGAUCUGACAGUGGAGCCCAGGAGAAGUGAGAGAGGAAACACCAUAUGGAUCCAGUGAGCCUCUCUCCGAUGUCCUGGACCACUCCAGGGAGGAAUCUGGGAACUUGGGGGCAAACAGUAUGGGGGAACAGUGUGGGUUCAGGUGGCUAGUCUGUGUAGAGCUUCAUCUGAUGAGGAAAUCUCAUUUACAGACAUCACUAUCCAUAUCUGCAAUGUGUACCAAAGUUCUAUCGCGCUCCAUAAUGCUACUGUCAAGUGUUACAACUGGAUAUGUGUAUAGAAAGUAGUCUUUAAAAUGUCAGCUAAUAGUAAAAUGCAUAUCUCAAUGAUGAUUUUUUUAUUGCAAGUCCCGUAUUUAAAUGUUGAAUCAAUCAAUAUGUUGUUGCGAUUUAGCUUGCAUUCAAGCUUCACCCCUUGCACUUAACAUAAGCUAUUUUUGGCAUCGUGUUAUCAUCCGCUUAUUUUAUAGAUCAAUAUUUUUAUUUCCCCUUUUGCUGAGGAAAUGAAGAUGAGAAGAAAUAUAAAUAUAUAAAGAUAUAUAAGAUGAGUUAUUAAAGUCAAAAGAAUACUUUGUGGCUGUGCUGUUUGUGCCAAUAGACCUUGCCAUGACCAAAAAGAGAAAUGUAAAACAGUUUUAUAAAAUAUAGUAGAUUCACCAGGUA